AUGGGAGACUCAGGUUGUCUCAUGCAACCGUUUUGUUAUGCUUCUGGAAUUUCCAAUGAAGCCAAUGAGAACAACACAAAUCAUGCACUUGGACAAUCAAUCUCAUUUGGGAGGUUCAUGACAGAGACACUAGCAUGGGAGAAAUGGUCUAGUUUCACUCAAAACCGUUACGUUGAAGAAGCAGAAAAGUAUUCGAAACCGGGUUCAGUUGCGCAGAAGAAAGCUUUCUUCGAAGCUCAUUACAAGAAACUUGCAGCUCAGAAAGCGGCUGCUGCGUUGCUUGAGCAAGAAGCAAACAAUGCUGCUGCACAAAACAAUGUUGCAGAACAACAAGAAAAUAACGAAAAGGUUGAUGAAAGUCCAAAGUAUGAAAUUGUUGUUAAGGAAGAACAAGACACAAAUGUUUUGAGUAAUGAUGUUAAGGAAGAACAAGACACAAAGGUUUCUGAAAGUAACAAGUUAGAAGAAGAUGUUUUAAGGAACUCAAUGAUGGUUGAAUUGCGAAAAAAGAUUGAAAAUGUUGAUACACUUGAGAAGCUAAGUGAAAAGCUUAGUGGAACAACUCCAAUCAUGACACCAGUAUUGAAGGACGUCUCUAACUAUGAUCAAGAAGUAUUGGCAUCAACUAGCAAGAAGAAACCACCAGUUUCUUCCUAUAAGUUGUUAAAAGCUAAUCAUGGAACCUCGAAGUUCACAACUACUACACCGGUUAAGUCGACUAGUCCUAUUUCUUUCAAAAUAGAUAGCUUUGCUACUCCAACAAUGAGCAACAACAAGCCUUCUGCAUUAAGCAAUGCAGAUAAAAAGAGAUCAACUCCAAAGAAAGUUAACUUCACACCAAUUAGAGAAUUUAAUCGAUUGACUGCAUCAGUUAGGAGGAGAUUCGAAAGUACAAAAGUUGGUUCUUCUUCUUCUUCUUCCAAGGUUUCGAAGGAUAGCUUGACUCCUCUGAGAACUUCAACCAUGGCUUCCAAGGAGAUGCAAAAGCAUUCUACAUUGACUCCAUUAACAGAAAACAAAAGGAACAAAACACCAAUUGACUCAUCGGCAUCGCGCAACCAUACAUCCGGCCCCAAAUGGCGCUUGCUCUCUGGAGAGAAAAAAACGAGAUCACCAAUUAUAUCGUCUCCUUUCAGCUUAAGGACAGAAGAAAGAGCUGCAACAAGAAAGAAGAAACUUGAAGAAAAAUUCAAUGCUAAUGAAGUACAAAAAGUGCAGUUGCAUACAAAACUCAAGGCGAAAGCGGGGACUGAGAUCAGAAAACUACGCCAAAGCUUUUGCUUCCAAGCCAGACCGUUGCCCGAUUUUUACAAGGAAAGGAAAGCAUCAAAUAUUGAGACAAGAAAGGUUCCACAGACACAUUCUGAACCACCUAAUGUGGGAAGAUAUCUCACUACAAGUAUGGCAGAGUGCAAAACUUCUCUAACUCCAAAUAAAUCUUCACUGAAAAACAAUAGCACCAAGAAUUUCAUGGGAAAGGGGGGUGGUCAUCAUCAUACCUUGACUAAUCAUCAUCCUCAGACUUCAAAUUCCAUGAAGAUUAUCACAACUCAUGAGAAUGCAUCACCAAAUAUUCAGCAUAGGAGCCAAAAUGGUAGAAUUUACAAAUAA